UCCCAGCUCUGACUGUUUUACAUUCUAUACUCCAGUGAAAACUGAAAAUUCCCAUUCUGGACCAGAGCAUCUCUUCAUGCCUCCACUGAGUCCCUGGGUCGCCCAGGCAGCUGUGGGAGUAGGAAUGGGUGGGGCAGGAUGCAGGGGUGGAGUGGGUGGAGCCAAGACCCACUUCCUUUCCCCCUGGGGCUCAGUCUGCCCCAGUCCUGACCAAGCCUUAGGAGGAGCUGGAGGUGCUCUCCAGGACCCUGUGCCGUAUCCAUUAAGCUGGUCCCAGCUCCUGCUCUGGAAAUGGCCCUGCUUCUCCUUCUCUUUGGGGGCUUUUGGACCCCGGUGUUGAGCAACUCAGAUCUGCACUCAGAUCUGCAGAACACAACGAUGUUGAUGACCACCCCACAUAUCAAGGUCCCAACUACUUCUGAGGCCUUGAAUGUCAGCUCGACAAUCUCUAGUAGGCCAGAGACAGAGGACCCUCAGAAGACUACCCACAUGUGGAGUCAGACCCCACCCCCACCUUUCUCAACCCCCUUUGAAACUACUGAAUUGUCUUCUCUUGGGGCUCCCACGGAUGCCAGCAUGAGCACCCCUGUACCAGAGCCUACACCCUCCCAGGAAGUUUCCAAUAAGACAUCAGUGCAGCUUCCAGAAGCAUCAGAUGUAGCCAGCGACCCUCCUACCACCACAGCCAAUCCUAUGAUAGACAAAACUGAGACAUUUCCCUCUCUAGACACCUUUGAUGGGACUAGUGCACCCCCUAUCACCAUGACAACAAGCUCCAAGGAGACCAGUGGACCCUCUGUGUCUACAACAGUAAGCUCCAAGUCCAGUGGUCCCCCUGUCACCAUGACUACUGGGUCUCUGGGGCUCUCCAGUCAGACUCAUGGACUCGCUGCCACCAUAGCAACCAGUUCUGUGGAGAGUUCUAGCGUAGCCGGUGGCACCCCAGUCUCCAACAUAAAAAUAUCCACGAUGUCUACCCCAGGGUCUAUAACCUCCAGGAAGCCACGCCAGGAAUCCAGCGGCACGUUGCUAGUGCCCAUGCUUGUGGCCUUUCUAUUGGCUUUGGCCCUUCUGUUUCUACUGGUGUUGUGGCGCCGGCGGCAGAAUCAGAGGACUGGGGCCCUGACCCUGAACAGAGGAGGAAAGCGCAAUGGGGUCGUGGAUGCUUGGGCUGGGCCAGCCCGGGUUCCUGAUGAAGAGGCCACAACAGCAACCGCAUCAGGGCCAGCGGGGAACAAGGGCUCGGGGGCCCAGGAGACAGAGGGGUCGGGACCGCGGCCCAUGCUUACCACUUUCUUCAGCAGACGGAAAUCUCGCCAGGGCUCUUUAGUACUGGAGGAGCUGAAGUCUGCGCCAGGUCCCAAAAAGGGGGAGGAAGAGCCACUGGUGGGCAGCGAGGAUGAGGCUGUGGAAACCCCCACUUCUGAUGGGCCAGAAGCCAAAGACGGGGCUGCACCUCAAAGCAUAUGAGCAACAGGACGUCUUCGUCCGACCUGCUCCUUAAGCCUGGAUCCUGCUCUCAGCAUCCUCAAACUCUACACUUGUGAAUAUUUGUGAACCAAGUGCAUUCAUUCAUUCAUUCAUUCAUCCAUUCAUCCAUUCUCUCCCCACUCCCUCCUCCAUGCUCCCUUUGGAACCACUUGCUGAAUCUCCGAGGAGAUCUUAGUUGACUCACAGUUUCUCCAAGGAUCCCCCUUGGGAUGCUGGGAUCUGAUAAGAAGAAUGAAAUAACAAACCAGAAAACUCCCUGGGAUGAAACUUUGUGAAGAACUCGGCACGCCCUCCCCACCCCACCUCACCCCCAACUCCCUACUGUGCCCCCCAUGCCCUCCCUCCUCCCGUAGGGGCCCCCUUCAGGACUCCCAUCUGCUCAGGGGCCAGCUUAGAGCCUGGAUGGGGCCCUCCAGCUUGCUCUUGGGUGAACUGUGACCUGUGACUUUCCCCGGAGCACUCUGGCUUUGGGCUGCCUGGUAGCUGCUAGGGGAGGCGGCCGGAGACCGACUAAGUCUCCUUGGGGAAGAGAUGAGAGUUUCUGGGUCUAAGAAGUCCUGGCACCUGUCAUGUCCACUCGGAGGUGCAGUGUGUGCGCAAGAUCUGAUUUGGGUGAUGGUUGUGAGCGGUCCUGGUGAGUACAGAUGGUGGGUGGGAAGAGCAGGGCAAGGAUUGGGAAAGUGUUACCCCAAAGUGAGGGCCACAGGAGCUGCUGGGAACACAGGUCUCUUCAUCUUGCUCAGACAGGGUGGAAACAGUGGAGAACCUAAGUCUGUCUGUAGCCUCCGAAAGACUGCAAGCUUGAUGGGGACUAGGCUGCCAGAUCCUCCCCUCAAAGGCUCCCCCCCACCAACACACACCCACCCCAUGCACACAUGCAAGAAGAGGAUAGCAGUCGGCCCAGCACAGGGACCGUGGGGACAAACCCCCGUCUCGAUGCAUUUCCCCUACAGACUCGGUUUGACUGUUUCCUCUUUCAUUCCAAGGCUGCAGCCCUUCCCCUUUCUAAGUGGAGUAAGAGGGACUCAGAUGAGAAGACAGGCCCCGGGUGUGUGGGAACAUGGAUGCCAGGGACUCCCUGGGGGUCUGAGAUAGAGAGAGGGGACAGACCCUAAUUGUGCUGCUUCUGAUACCCGCCCAGGCUACAGCCCAAGAGGGCAUGUGGUCCAGAGGUGGUUGCUGGAGGAGAUUUGCAAGAGGAAGUUGUUGAGUCAGAGGGCACAGUCCUUGAGAACAGACUGACCUACAAAAAGAGAUGUAUGAGGGUGGUUGUGCGUGGCCUGGAUAGGAGAGAAGGUGGGAAAUGGAGGCCCAGGUGGCUCACCUGGUGUAUGUGGGAGAGGCGGGGGAGACAAGGAACGGAAAGGGGCACAGAUUAGCCGCCACCACACUGAGCUGUCACUGCUCCCUCCCUGUCUGUGGGGAAGAGGAAGGGCUGAGAAGGGAACCCAUGGGCCACAUUGAACCUGUUUCUACUGUCACUAGGGGCUGUGUGGACCGACUGUGACAGAGACGGCAGAAAUGAGUUGCAAAUGUCCCUUAAAGGACAGAGCAGCUGUUGUGGUAGAUUUUGCCAAGCUGAGUGCCCCAAUUUCAGGUUUAGAGGAUAAUGUCACCAAACUGAGAGGCUAAGGGCUUUGACUCCCUCUAGUUCCAAAGUCAUUUCCUGGAUGUUUCUGGUUUUCAGGUUCAGGGAGGGAGGAAGGACUGAAGGAAAUUUGGUAGAGAUGGGGGGAUGGUACCCAGCGGGGCUUCGGCCCAGACAGGGUUAGAACGUUCUGAGUGCUAAAGUGAGUGACAGAUGGAAAUGGCACAAGGGCACCCGAAGAAGGAGGUGCCAUCCUGCUUCUGAAGGAAGACAAGAGGCGUAGUGUUUGUCCCAGGGUCUCAGCCGCAUCCCAUUUCCCAUUGGCUCCUGUGCCUGGCAGAAGCAGGUGCUCAGUGUGCAUUCACAUGAGUAAAUGCAUGAUGAAUGAAAGAAUGAAGAAAUGAGGCUUUGAAAGCUAGGAAGGGAGAAGGCAUUUUUAGCACAAGACCUAGAGGAUGCAAACGUGUGUAAGUAAGUGGA